AUGUCCCAAUUCCUCAUCUCGCGACCCUUCACAUCCAUCCGCACCCUCACCAGAAGCUCCAAACCCACACCAAUCCUCACCACCCUCGCCGAAUCCACGCGAAUCCUCCCAUCACAACCCUUCCUCAAGCAAACUCACCACCAAACCCGCACCUUCAUCCCAUCACCAACCCUCCAAACCUCCCUCUCCCCAGCCCCGCACUUCACAAUGGCCUCAUCCUCCUCCCUCCCCCAAACAAUGAACGGCAUCCAAAUCCCCCGCACAGGCGGCACGGAAGUCCUAACCCACCACACCGACCUGCCCCUCCCCGCCCUCGCCGAGAACCAAGUCCUCGUCCGCAACGAAUACGCAGGCAUAAACUACAUCGACACCUACUUCCGCACCGGCCUCUACAAAGCGCCCCUCCCCAUCACACCCGGCCGCGAAGGCGCCGGCACCGUCGUCAAGUCCCACCCUUCCGUCUCCGGCCAGUUCAAAGAAGGCGAUCGCGUGGUCUACAUGGGCCCCUUUGGCUCCUACUCGGGCUACUCCGCCGUCAACGCCGCUCAGCUCCUGCACAUCCCCGACGCGCUGGCCACGGAUAAAGCCGCCGCCGCGCUCCUGCAGGGUCUCACGGCCUGGACUUUCGUCCGCGAGGCGGGGGAGGUGAGGGAGGGGGAAUGGGUCCUCGUCCACGCGGCCGCCGGCGGCGUCGGGCUGCAGCUCGUGCAGAUGCUGCGCGCCGUGGGCGCGAGAGUGAUUGGCACGACGAGCACCGAUGAAAAGUGCGCGCUGGCCAAGAAGAACGGCGCAGAGUUCAUUGUCAACUCGCGCUCGCAGGACCUCGUGGAGGAGGUGGCGAAGAUUACGGGCGGGCACGGCGUGGAUGUCAUCUUCGACGGUGUUGGAAAGGCGACGUUUGAUAGCGAUAUCGAGAUGGCGGCGCGUAAGGGGAGGUUGGUCGUCUUUGGCAACGCGUCGGGAGCCGUUCCUCCUUUUGACAUCCUCAAGCUGGGUCCCAAGAACUUGAAGGUCAUGCGGCCCAUUGUCAACGGCUACACUGCUACCAGGGAGGAGCUGGAAAAGUACAGCACGGAGCUCUUUGACAUGAUUACCUCGGGCAAGGUGGAGGUGGCCAUCCACAAGGCGUACCCGCUCAAGGACGUCAAGCAAGCCCACGAGGACUUGGAGAGCCGCAACACGACGGGGAAGCUGAUCCUCAAGGUGGAUUGA